AUAGAGUCUAUAUGAAUCUGUUUGUUGCUGACAAAAAAAAAAUUGGUGGUAAAUAUUUUUGACAGGAUUUUGGAAAUGUUUUGAAAAGAAUUAGGAAAUAUAAUAUUAGAAAUUAAGUCAAUCUAAUUGGUUAUUUGAGAAUCUUUAGUUAGUAAAAUAUGGAAGUUCAUAUUAUUUCAAAAAGAAAUUACAGAUAUUUGUAGAUAUAGUUAGGCUAUAUUUAAAUGUGAAUAGUUAGUAAUAGUAUAGGUUAAGAGAAAUAUAUUAAGUAUAGUUUAAAAAAAUAUUCUACCUAGAAUAAAGUUGGAUCCAACUUUGUGAUUCUGUUUUAAUAAAUUGUACAUAUUAAGAUAUAGAUGAUAUAAAUAAGAUAAACCAAAACCAUUUUGAACAGAUAAAUGGUAAAUAUUUUUUUUUUCUGAACACACCUUCCUCUUCUAUAUCACAUUAAAAAGUUAUUAUAUUAUUUAUUAGUUUGAGUGUUUUUGUGUAAUUAAAAAACAAAAAGAACAAACAGAAUAUACAUAAUAUGUCAUUUAAAAUUUAUACAUGUUUUAAGCAAAAAACAAAAAAGAUUUACACAAGCAAUAUUCAUAUUUAAUUUGAAAGGAGUAACUAUUGUAAUUGUAUAAAUUUAAGUUUCUUCCGCGUAUUAUAACCUAGUAUAUAAUUUAAAUGAGAAAACAAACAUCUAAAGUUCUAGUGUUUCUUAUGCAUCUCUUUCUAGCUUGUUUUGCUAGAAAACCGCAUGAACAUUUCAACACAUGAAGAUAUUGAUCAAGUUUAAACUCUAGAUUGGUAGGCGAAGUGUUGUGUUCUUUUGGUGACAAACUAUUAUAUAGUGUUUAAGUCUUCUCUUCAACGGCAUAAGACGCCAACUGUGAUGGAUUCUUGUUGCAUCUCCAACAAAAAAAACUAUUUCUAGCAUUGUACUAAGUUACUAAUUCUUCAGAUUGUUUUUAGGACAAAUCACUCAUAGCUUGUGCUUGAUUAAAAAUUAGAUGAAAAUGAUUUUUAACCAUAGCCAAGCACCGAAGCUCAGCUCCAAAACUUAUUCAAUGAGACGGUGAAAACAACUGAGCCAAGGGAAACGACAACCAUCUUAUUACACACGUGUUGACAACCAACCGGCAACUGACAGAAGCUCCAAAAAGUCAUUACAUCACUUCUUCAAGACGGAGUGCAAGUACACAGUACGAAACUGAAACGGAAGAUACAACCUGCUCCGUAGGUAAUCCAGUCAUAUUAGAUCAUUUGUACGGUCAAAGAUCCAAAACAAUUUUGAUCCAACGGCUGAUCUAAUUAAUCAUCUUCUCCAACUAUUACAGAUUUUUUAUUUUUUUUGUUACCAAAGGUGGAAACUUUCAGCUCGAUUUGUUUCCCUCUCAUUCUUCUUCUCCUCUCUGUCUCUCUCAUUCCGGAAAACCCUAAAAAUCUUGAACGGAGUGAUCUCGAUCUCAAAGUCCGUACCUUUCAGCUAUGGAAGGGAGCUUCGGAAGCUACACUGACAAGACUCGAGUGUUGGACAUCAAACCGUUACGCACUCUAAAACCAGUGUUCCCAAGCGGGAACCAAGCUCCUCCUUUCGUCUGCGCACCUCCUUUCGGACCCUUCCCUCCUGGCUUCACACCUUUCUAUCCCUUUAGCUCCUCUCAACACACUCCAGAUCUCAACCAGAACAACACCUCAGAGCCUUCGUUGGUUACUCCUCUAAGAACAUUCAGGUCUCCUCCUCCUCCUCCUCCUGAUACAGCAACUAAUGGUGAUGCUGUGGAGUUAACAGUGAAGAGAAAGAUUCCAAGAAAGCGCACACCAAUCGCUCAGAACCCGAAUUUCUCGAGUGGGAUCACAGUGGCGGAGAAAGAGAACGGCGACAGGAAGCUGGUGAUGAGUGUCCUCACGCGGUUCGACGCGCUGAGGAGGAGGCUUUCACAGCUGGAAGAUGCAAAAGAAUCCGUCACCGGGAUCAUCAAACGCCCUGACUUGAAAGCAGGAUCCACUUGCAUGAGCAGAGGCGUCAGGACCAACACCAAGAAGAGAACCGGUCCUGUUCCGGGUCUUGAGAUCGGUGACGUGUUCUUCUUCAGGUUCGAGAUGUGUUUGAUCGGUUUACACUCUCCAUCCAUGGCUGGCAUUGACUAUCUCGUCCUCAAAGGAGGAGGAGAAGGAGAGGAAGAGCCUAUAGCAACCAGCAUUGUCUCCUCUGGCUACUACGAUAACGACGAAGGUAACCCUGAUGUGUUGGUGUACACUGGCCAAGGAGGUAACGCUGAUAAAGAUAAGCAAUCGUCUGACCAGAAGCUAGAGAGAGGUAACCUCGCGUUGGAGAAGAGUCUGGUUAGGAAUAGUCCGGUUAGGGUGAUAAGAGGGUUGAAGGAAGCUUCUCAGAGCGCUAAGAUUUACAUAUAUGAUGGUCUGUACGACGUCAAAGAGUCUUGGGUGGAGAAAGGGAAGUCAGGACACAACACUUUUAAGUAUAAGCUAGUGAGAGCUCCUGGUCAGGCUCCUGCCUUUGCCUCGUGGACUGAGAUACAGAAAUGGAAGAAAGGUUUGCCUUCGAGGGAAGGAAUGAUCCUCACCGACCUCACUUCGGGUGUCGAAAGCAUCGGAGUCUCGCUUGUGAAUGAAGUUGACGGUGAGAAUGGUCCUGCUUACUUCACCUACUCAACGACUGUGACGUCGUUUAAGCUUACUCAGCAGCCUUCUUAUGGAUGUGAGUGCGGCGGGGCGUGCAAGCCGGGGAACUUGAACUGUCACUGCAUAAGGAAAAACGGAGGUGACUUCCCUUACUCCGGUAACGGAGUUUUAGUUGGUAGAAAGGGUAUGGUUCAUGAGUGCAGCCCGGCUUGCCUCUGCCCGGGCUGCAAGAACAAGGUGACUCAGAUGGGAGUGAAACUGAAGCUCGAAGUGUUCAAGACUGUGAACAGAGGAUGGGGGUUACGGUCGUGGGAUCCUAUCCGUGCUGGUUCGUUUAUAUGUAUAUACGCAGGCGAGGCUAUAGACAAAUCGCAAAUGCAACCAACGGUGGCUAAUGAUGAUUAUACUUUUGAUACGACGCGUGUGUAUACCCCUUUUAAAUGGAACUAUGAGCCUGGCUUAGCGGAUGAAGAUGGUACUGAGGAGAUGUCUGAAGAGCCUGAGCUUCCGCUGCCUCUUGUGAUCAGUGCUAAGAACGUUGGGAACGUUGCGAGGUUCAUGAACCAUAGUUGCUCGCCUAAUGUUUUCUGGCAGCCGGUUAGUUAUGAGAAUAACGGUCAGCUCUUCUUGCAAGUUGCCUUCUUUGCUAUCUCUCAUAUUCCUCCCAUGACUGAGUUAACUUAUGACUAUGGAGUUACGAGAACUAGUGGAGCUCAGAGUUUAUGUGGUAAGAAGAAGUGCUUUUGCGGAUCAGAGUUUUGCCGUGGUUCAUUUGGUUGAUGAUGGCUAGAAGAGUUGACCUCUGAUAAUUUUUGGAUGGGAAAGUGAAUGGCGGCUACUCUUGGUGGCAACUAAAGUGUUAAAGUCUCGGUUUGAUCUUCUCUUCAACAGCAUAAGACGCAAGCUGUGUAUGAUUUUUUCUGGAUUGUGGAAGAUGUGUUCUCAUGUUUCUCUCCUGUUGGAUAUGUAAUCAUAUUAGUGUUCAGACCGUUUUUAAAUUCUUGUGGAAACUUGUUUUUUUAUUUUAGAUUACAUGAAUGUCA